AUGGAGGACGACUCGGUCAAGUUUGGCAGCCCCUCCAAUGGCGCGACGCCCAACAGCAGCCACAAUCUUGCACAAGACCCUGAUGCAUCAGGAGUUGCGGUCAACGACAUCCAGAUGGGCGAGGACGAAGCGUCCGAUGCGGCUGCCGUACCAGAACCUGCUAUCAAGGAAGACAGCAGCACGCCCGCCGUGACUGGCUUCUCCGACAACCCACUCGAUGCGCCUUCCGCAGCGGUGGCGGACACCGCUGUCGGCGAGGAUGAAGAGAUGGGCGACGCGAGCAACAUUGCGGACGAUGUCGGCAGCAAGAACAAGAGCGAAGAUGGCGGUGCCGGUGUUGACGACGAUGGCGUCGAUGCUGUGGGCGUGGAUGUGAGCAUCCUUGAAGGUACUGGCGAGGACGGCGAGGGUGCGGGUGCGGGUGCGGUCGGCAGCAUCAACGGCUCCAAGACCAAGGAGUCGAUCGAGAACGCAGCUCGUGAGCAUCUCAUUGCGCAGACUCACGCCAUCAUACUGCCUAGCUACAGCACCUGGUUUGACAUGAACAAGAUUCACAACAUUGAGCGGAAAGCGCUGCCCGAGUUCUUCAACAACCGCAACCGGAGCAAGACGCCACACGUCUACAAGGACUACCGCGACUUUAUGAUCAACACGUACCGACUGAACCCCAUCGAGUACCUGACGGUGACGGCGUGCCGGCGCAAUCUCGCGGGCGACGUCUGUGCCAUCAUGCGGGUGCACGCCUUCCUCGAGCAGUGGGGACUCAUCAACUACCAAGUGGACUACGAGCAGCGGCCAUCGCACGUCGGCCCUCCCUUCACCGGCCAUUUCAAGAUCAUUGCAGACACGCCGCGCGGCCUCCAGCCGUGGCAGCCGGCCGCCGACCCCGUCAUCCUCAAAGGCAAGCGGCACCCAGACACCGAUGCGCGAGCGGCUGCCGGGACGGUGCCCAAGUCGGAGCUCAGCCUGGAGGUCGGGCGCAACAUCUACGAAGCCAACGCGCGGGGCGCCAAGGUCAACAAGACCGAGACCAAGACCAACGGCGAGGCUCACGGUGCUGCUGCUGCUAACGGCGUGCAGAGCGGCGGCACGCCGUCAGGCGACGAGCUGACCAAGAAACCGAGCGUCAAGGUCAACUGCCACCUGUGCGGCAUCGACUGCACGCGCAUCUACUACCACAAUCCGCAGGCGGAGGACAACCCGCGGGCCCAGUACGACCUCUGCCCGAGCUGCUACCUGGAGGGGCGCAUGGCCGGCAACCAGACGAGCGCACAGUAUCUGCGGAUGGAGAACCCGACGUACUCGUCCAUCCUCGACCGGGACGCGCCAUGGAGCGAUGCCGAGCUGGUGCGGCUGCUGGAGGCCAUUGAGCGCUUCGACGACGACUGGGGCCAGGUGGCCGACCACGUGGGCACGCGGACGCGCGAGGAGUGUGUUUUGCAGUUUCUGCAGCUGGAUAUCGAGUCCAAGUACCUCGACUCGGAGAUCACCGAGUCGGGCCCGGUUGGCCUGUCGAUCCUGGGCGGUGGUGGCGGGCGGCUGCCGUUCAACCAAGCCGACAAUCCGGUGAUGUCUGUAAUUGGGUUCCUGGCCAGCCUGGCCGAUCCGGCGAGCACGGCGGCGGCGGCCAGCAAGUCGCUGGACGAGCUGAAGAAGGGGCUGCAGCGGAAGCUGGAGUCGGGCGGCGGGAGCACGGACGAGGCGGAUGACAAGGGCAAGGAGACAGCGACGACGACAGCGACGGCUUCCGCGACGACAGCUAGCAAGGAGGCCGGCACGGACGACGCAAUGGACGUGGACGCGACACAGGCAGACAAUGAUGGCGAGAAGGACACGGCCGUGGCGAUGAAGCGGUCGGCCAAGGCGGCGGCACAGCAGAGCACGCGGGAUCUGGCGAGCGUGCCGUUGGCAUCGAUCGGAGCGCGGUCGGGCGGGCUGGCGUCGCAUGAGGAGCGGGAGAUGAGCCGACUGGUGUCGGCGGCAGUGAACGUGACGCUGCAGAAGAUGGAGCUAAAGCUCAAGUACUUCAACGAGAUGGAGGCGAUGCUGCAGGCCGAGCGGAGAGAGCUGGAACGCGGACGGCAGCAGCUCUUCCUGGACCGGCUCUCGUUCAAGCGGCGCGUGCAGGAAGUGCAGGAGAAUCUGAAGCUGGCCGCGGUGACGGGAGGCGACCACGGCCUGGUCGAUGGGCCGCGUCUGACGCUGCAGCCAGCGACAGCUGCCGUGGGAUCGGUGCAGCCGCUGAGCGCCAGUGGUGCCGUCCGAAGCGUCGAGCUGUGA